CCCGUGCAUGUGGCCGGCCAAUGAGUGUCAGUUGAGAGGCUACGGCCGCCGUGGCUGGGCGACGCGUCCUUGCAGGGCAGCCAGGCUCCAGGGGCAAGUCUGACGGGUGCUCUCGCCAGCCGUCAUUGGUGGUCUCGUCGAGAGCCUAAAUCAGUCGACAGCACGUCAGUCGACGGCACCGGCCGCGGAGAGCACAAGGCACCAUUUGCAGCGAAUCCGAGGGCCGUUGAGGAAAUUGCGCCGCCAAGUCUCGUCCGACGGCGUUGGCUGCUGAUGCUGCUUGGCAGCCACCUCUUCAAUGGGAGCCAACUCCUGUCCAGCCACCCCCCUCCAUCCCAUCCCCCGUCAAUCAUCUACCUCGCCCUUACUGCGCCCACCUAACCCACGUCUGCUCGAAGCCAUCGCCACCAGCGCUUCCAUCUAGAGUUCGCUGCCCCGUCUUGAAUGGCACGCGGGCUACCACCACCCCCCCUAGCCGACGCCAUGCGCUUCACUUUCCCUGCCCGCGUUCUAGACGACGACCGUGACGAGUAUGAUGACGAGCCAAGGCCAAUGUCCACCACAGACGCCUCGUCGCCGCACGCUGGCCGUGCCGAUGCCGGCCGGUCCGUGCCCGGACAGACGCCUCCUCCGGCAACGACAUCAUCGCGGGACGAGACCGAGGCCAGGCGGGCGAUGCUGCUCGCGCGUCUCCAACGGGGCAGCGUCACCGACGCCGACUGGGACAACGCCACAUCGUCGUCGUCGUCCUCCUCCUCCUCCUCCUCCUCAGAUGACGAGUCCGAGGACAACGACCCGGAUCCGCACAGGGGUGCCGACCACCACACCACACGGCCAACCGGCCUCCAGGGGUCGCCCGUGGGGACAAAUUGGGGCGCGGCCGCCACAGACACCACCACGCCCACCGCGGCCUCGACGGCGCAGGUGGGCCGCCCCAGUAGCAGCAGUAGCGUCGCCAGAGGACAGAGGCCACAGCUACCGGACGACCGGGGAGACGACCCGAACCAGGCCUCUGGAAAGUGGGAGUCCGAGCACCUGCAGAAACCCAGGCAAGCCACCAAGAGCCACGACGGCUGGGUGCUGCUGGGGCGCGGCAAGGCACGGCCGCUUGGUCCGGGGGCACCAGGACUCACCGUUACCAGGCCCGACGGCGCCGUUUUUGUGCUGAGACCACCGGGAAAUAUCAAAGAUGGUGGCGAUGGGACGCCCGUGGUGAGAAGUUAGUCUCUACAUCGACGAGCGAACGGAAUGAUAAAUAAUGUCAAAAGCAACAAGAUGAGCCCUUCAUUGUCUGCACGGCACGACACUUUGCUCAGCAUGGUCGCUGUGUCUCUUCCAGUUGGCCGCAGCUCGGUAUUUUGUCACACACAAACUCUGGGUAGCUCAUCUAGCAUCCGCACGAUUCUCGUUUUUCUCUACCCGCGCACUCAGAAGAGAAUGGGCUCUUCCAGAGCGCUCUUGGCUAGGUAGCUAGGCACCACGGCGCACAACCACAACAUCCACCCCACUCUACCAGAUGUUUUAGGUCUGUCAGCCUUUCCCAUCGCAGGGCGGACAGGCAUCUAGGUCGGCGAUUUCAUCUCGUCAGACGUUGGAGCGGACGCGUGGCAGAAGCGGCCAAGGGGUUUUCCGCUAGCCAGGCUUGACCCAAGCUCCUUCCAAAUCUUUCCAGAAGAGGCCACUGUUCCGGCCUAGUUUGUCUUUGGAAGGGGGCUAUCGAGGGCUAUCGAGCCAUCCUAGAUGGGCCAUCUUGUUGCGCGGGAAACUCUACCGGUUCAGCACACGCCAUGGGUCCGUCGCACUAAUGCGGUGACGGCCCAGCUCGUACAGUUCCGUUGGAAGCUGCGCCAGUUCCAACCAGCCCCCAAAGCUCACCCAGGGAUCGGCAGCCUGGCUGUCUGGCUGCCAUAAGCGCCAUCCUCUGCUGGUCGUCACACGCACACCCCCCUCCCCUCAGGUUUCCGCCUUGGGUAAAAAAAGAA